AUGGCUCUUGGCGGUGGGUGUUCUACCUCAACCUACCCAUUGCAGGCUGUAGCGGAAUACAUUAUCUUCCAGCUAAUCGCCGCCACUGGAAUCGGUCUUUUGAUGGCCACUCUCCUCCCUGCCGUCCAUGUAGGACUUGCCGAGAGUGAGGUCGGUGUUGCUACUGCUUGCUGGGGUUUCGUACGGUCAUUUGGGGGGAUCUGGGGAACUGCGAUUCCAGCCGCAAUUUUCAAUUCACAGUUCCAGAAUCAGCUAGAGAGGCGGAUUCAGGACCAGACGGUCCUGACUACCUUGGGAAGUGGGGCGGCGUAUUCGAAGGUUUCGGGGGACUAUAUUAGAAACCUUUCGCCCGAGGUGAGCAGCGAGGUAAUUUCAAUUUAUACUCACGCGUUGAAGGUGACCUGGAUCGUAGCUGUGGUCAUUAGUGGAGUUUCAUUUGCGGUUGGAUUCCUGGAACGGGAGAUCCCAUUAAGAACGACCGUUAAGUCGGAUUAUGGAUUGAAGGAAAAGUCUGAGAAACUGUCGGAAGAAGAGGUAAUAAAGGCAGCGGCGGGGAGUUGGAAGACUGGAAAAGAGAAUGGAGAGUGUCGUAGACACACCUUCAAAAUUGUCAUGGUUGAAUAUCAGGGCUGGAUCGAAAGAUUAGCUUAUCGGAGAUGGGUCAGCGGAAAAGCGGGAUUGAUGUGGGGUGAGGUGGGGGAAGAGUUAGGAAGAGAUCUCAUAUAUAAUGGUGUAUAA